AUGCCUGCUAACCGUUUCCCCGCUGCCUUGAAAGGCAUUGUGGGCAUCAUCACCGCGUGCUGUCUCGUCAGCACGUAUCUCAAAAGCCAAUUGGUGACACCGCCAACACAGGUGUCAGUCAGCAGCACUGCCAUGCACCAGGCCCAUGGCUCAGGGCCUAUUUACAGAGGCAUCCCAGCGGCCACCUCCUUCGUGGAGAACAACAUUCGGUCGGGGCGCCAGUCGAUGUUCGUAACCCCGACGGUCAACCAAAUUGUUGUUCACGAAGUGCGUGAAACUCAGCUUCCAAGCACUUUGGAGCCUGCUGUUCACGAGACAACGUCUGCCUUCCUGGCAAACUUCCCGCCAAACACCUUUGUGUUGGCGGCAAAGGGAGGUGAGACGUUUGCGCGCUGGGCUACUCUAGCCCUUGAGCUUGCCAAUAUUGCCUGGACAAUACUGUAUGUCGUCCUGCCAUGCCUCUUUUGGGCAGUUCUACUGCUUCGCAGAUGGAACUUUCCCUCAUACUAUCUCCGCAAGAUGACGCCUUCAUCGAAGUCUCGUGAUGUUCGCUCUGUGACUUCGGUGGCGGAUUUUAAUCUCCAGAAAGUCUCAUGUGAGCAAUCUUGGAUCUCCCUUGAGACUUUAGGACCAAAGAAGAUGAAGGAGCAUCUGGAAGCUCUCCGACAGCUGGCUCUGCAUGUCGAGAAGCAGAAAGCAGCUGGAGAAGCGGCAAGGACGCAGGCCAUAGCGGCGCUGCAGGAAGCCCAAGAAGUUAUGAAAAAGGCUAAGGAGCUUGUUGCAGAAUGCAGUGGCCUCAGAGAAGAUCUCCACAUUGAGCGUGAAAACAUGAGGCAAGACAAACUCAUGGCCAAAGCUCGACAAGCUGCCCGAGCUGAAAAGGAGCUUCGAUUCGAGGAGACGAUCAAACGCCUUCAGGAGUCACGGGAGCGAAAGAAGGCCGAGAGGCUCAAGCUAGCAGAGGAAACAAAGGCUCGCGAACAAGAAGCACUGGCAAAAGCUAGAAGGGAGGCCGAGGAAGCAGCACUGGUCAGAGCACGCCUAGAAACGGAGGCGCUGAUGAGAAAGCACGAGGAGAAGUCCAAGGCCAAGAAGCCAGCUCGGCUAAAUCGUCUUGUGGAGUUAAAAGAAAAGGACGCGAAGACAGAAAAGCAGGCUGUCGAAUUGGAGCGGGAACUCGGUGUGAAAAAGGUCGUUCUCAAGCAGGAUGCCUUCAGAAAAAAAUUGGCGAGCGGGAAGGUUCGUUCAAAUGCCAAAACUACGGUCAUGGCCAAAAUUGAGUUCAAGGAAGCCGUUGCGGCGCACAAGGAGUCUACAGAUGGAAUGUCCAUGUCACAACGCAACGAGGAGCAAAAACCACUACAUCAUGCAACAGUAGUGGAGGACGAAAGUACCCCCAUCAUCUCUAGUGAGGAUACCCAUGCUUCUGAUGAGUCAACAGAAGAACAAAUCUGGCCAGAAGUGGAUCUGAAGACUUCCAAGAGACAGAACUCUCCGUGUACCAACACCAGCCAAGGAGCUUCUUGCGCUAAAAUCACCUUGAGCGAGCCGGAAAACAAGACGGAUCCCAUUUCGGACCAUGUUGAACAAAACGAAAAUUUAAAAGGAGAAACGGUCAUUGCCAACUUCGCAGAAGUUCGCCAGGAUACAUGGGACAGCACUCUUCCCUCCGCUGCUGUGGGUGAUAUUGAACAAUCCGAUAUUCCCGCCUUUGACCUUAAUCUCGACGAUAUUCAUGAUGUUGAUUUCGAGAGCAAGAAUUGGAUUACACAGUCCGCAAAGGAGCAAAAACUCAGAAUGCAAGAGCUUGAGAAUGCAGGCAACGAGCUACUCGAUCCAUUGUCUAUAAACGAGGUGCAGAAGACGUAUGAGGGAAAUGGGCACUCUGCGCCCUCCUUAUACGAGGGUCUCGACUCCACAAGUUCGGGUGUCGAUGCUGAGCUCGACAAACAGCUGACUGAACUGUUUUCUCUUGAUCUCGACGAUUCCAAAGGUGACCCUUUUGCGUUGACGCCGGAAAUGGAAGCCAUCUUGAAUGAAGACUUUAAUGUCAGUGUAGGAGUUGAAAGCUCUAAUCCACUAUGUCCCUCACAAACGAACCAGCUCCAGACAGAAACAUCAUGGCCCGUUGAAGAUGCUACCAAAGCAAACGCACCUGUCAGGGCUUCACCAGGGGUUCUGGCUCGAAGAAAGAUCGCCAUGCCACGGAGACUGAGAAAGGUUCGCUUUAGAAAAGAACUAGUGGGCAAGGAGCUAGAGGCACGCGGCUGCUCGUUCUCACAGUCCGUACGUUCUGAGGCAUCACGACGCGACAGUUCUGGCCAAAUAGAGAAUUCACUUCCUCCAGCAACCACGGGACCUUGUACGAGCAGCCUUAGUGUCCCUCAGCUUAACAAAAGUGCGGAUGGUAUUGAGGCUUCCAAGUCUCAAUCCCAACAGCCAAAAGAGUAUUCGGACGAAAUGACUGACCUCGUGUUCGAGAACAAAACAGAUGCAAAAGCUACCAGCUCUAGUGCUAAUCAGCCUACAGCUGCUAAUGUUGCCUCUGGUGAUAGCAUGGAGGUUGAUGAAUGCCCAAGUGGCAUCCACGCGUCUGAUGAUGAUCUCAUCAUGUCAGAUAAACCAGAAAUAACAGAUCCUCGUGAUGGGGAUGCGAUGGAUGUCGAAAAUUAUGUUGGACCAACGAUAGCUCCUGCUAUCAAUUCUUCGCUCAACCAAAACCCGCAAAACGCGACCAUUCCAGCUAUUUUAGCUCCGUUGGCUAUCUCGGCUCCCCCAUCUAUUUCAGCAGCCCCAGCUAUCUUGGCUCCUCUAACUAUCUCGGCUCCUCCAUCUAUUUCCGCUCCUCUGACUAUCUCGGCUCCUCCAUCUAUUUCAGCUCCUCUAGCUAUAUCCGCUUCUCCAGCUAUAUCCGCUCCUCCAGCUAUAUCCGCUCCUCCAGCUCCAUCGACUAGUUCGGCAUACGACCAGGCUUCUAGAACUAUCACCAAGGCCUCUACAGGUUUUAGCUUCUCUCGAUGGAUGGCUGAGUCGGAAAUUCGUGCCGAUGUAGAAGCUGAGGAAGAGAGGCGCGCAAACGAAAAGAGGGCUUCCAUGGGGUUAAAAUCACUACAGGAAGAUUACGAGGCUCACAAGCAGAUGAUUCAAAGGAAGGGCUUCGCACCUUUGCCACAGGAUUUCGAUCAAAACAAGAUGGAACCAAAUCCAUCGUAUAAGCAGCCUCCAAGAGCUCCACUGAUGCUCCUGCCCAGCUAUUCACAACUCAGCACAAGCACAAAUAGGCCUACGCAAGUGCCCGAAAGCUCGCCAUAUAAGCCGCCUCCAAGAGCUCCAUUGAUGCUCCUGCCGAGCUAUUCAGAGCUCGGCACAAGUACAAAUAUGACUUCACAUUUGUCCCAAGCCGUGCCCUCCACUUCUGAACAGAAGGGAAGUACUCCUUCAGCGUCUCAUACAACUCCACGUUCACUGCUGGCCGGUCCUCAUCUUUCAAGCAUGCCCAUGAACUCUGCAAAUCCAACACAGGCUUCAGCGUCCGGCAUUCGAAAGAUCACGACCGAUUCACCACCAGCGCUAAAAAUGUCGGCUACCCACGAAGAAUGGCUAGCUGCAGAUGAAGAGACUCGGAGGAAAAUUAACAUUCUCCGCAAGAAGAACAAUCGGGGACCAGCUUAUGAGGAAAUUUAG